CCACACCGGGAGUGGUUUUUCACGGUAGAAGUGAAUGUUCUGUAUUUUAGGUGUUUCGUGGAUCAUUAAAAACAGUCGAGACUAAACUAUACGGAGAAAUAAUAAUUCAGUAAUUCAGUGCUGUUUGCUGAUUCAGAUGGCCUUACUGGUUUCAGAGGAGAAAGCGCUCUAACGUUGCAUUUUUGAGAAAUUGCGUACGUGGUAAAAGGCAUACUAUGGCGCUAUUUGGACACUUACAACUGUUUUCUAUUUUACUAGGAACAUUCCUGUCCUUCUGUCUCCUUCUGUAUGAGUGUAAAAAGCUGGAUGGCUACAAGUUUCCAGUAUACUCAACAGAAUUAUGUCCCAGAAAUCAGACAGAUUGGAACGAGAGGUCGUCUGCCAUCAACUGUACUGAGGAUAAUGGAUACUUAUGUUUCCCUAACGAAAAGUUCACCCAGCUGCUGGAGUUCUGUUAUAGAGCUCGUUUCAUAUGGAUACAGGAAGGUUAUUGUUUGUAUCUAAAAAAAGAUGACUCGACGAUAUAUUCAUACAGCUGCAGCAGUUUCAAAUCUAGAUGUCACAAUUCUUCCUUUCCAUCAUAUGAUUUGUUUAAAUAUCCGAGUUGUACAUCAAUUAGAAAUGGGUGUUUCCUUGCCGAACCAUCUUGUAAAGGUAUUGACACAACAACUCAACUUCCAGAAACUACGGAAUCAAUACACGUGGAAAUUGCUUCUAUGAACGCAAACAAAACACUUAAAAAGAAUGAAUUUGCCAUCAAGGAUGAAGUGACCAUGAUACCAAUACUUUACGGAGUACUUAUCUCUAUCUCUUUCUUCUGUAUUGCGUGUAUCAUUUAUAGGAAAGUUAGUCAACUCCGGAAAAGACGUGAUGACGAAGAACAACUUACAGAUACAGCCUUAGAACUUUCACCACUAAUUCAAACGGAUAAACAUGAUAAUGCAGUAUUGAUUGAACAAGUUAAUGAAGAAGAAAAGGAGAAACAAGAAGCAUUAGUUGUACAAGUUAAUAAGGAGGAGAAGGAGGAGAGGGAGGAGGAGAAGGAUCAUUCAAUAUAUAUUAAAAACAAUCCACAGGAUAAAACAGGAACAAUAGUAAAAGAAUCACCACUUGAUGUAGCUAUAUUUGAGCAGUGGCAGGAAGACAACAGACAAUUUGUUUCAACAAGAGCUUGUCAAGAAGUAGAACAACUCGUCAAAAGUCAUAACCUGGUGGUCGUGACGGGUAACUCAGGGUCAGGAAAGUCAGCGAUCAUACAACACAUAGCGUUGAGUUAUAGGAGCCAAGGAUGGACGAUUAGAACAAUAUACAGCGUGAAAGAAAUCACAGCUGCUUUGUCCCGACAAGAUUGUUUAGUUGGAAAAACCAUACUUGUUUUUAAUGACCCUAUUGGCAACGAAUCCUUUGAUGAAGAAAAGUAUAAGUUAUGGAAAGACCAUGAGGAAAGGUUAAAAGGUUGCCUGAGAAAAAUCAAGAUGUUAAUAUCAUGUAGGAGGUACAUUCUGAAUGAUGCUAAAGUUAGAGGAAUUUUAAAGGAUACAUCAUGUACACGUAUCAUUGAUCUUAGUGAUGACCAACAUAAACUGGAUAAUGAGGAAAAACGAAAAAUAUUAGAGAGUUACUCAUCAAAUAGUGUUCUUUUAAAAGAAGAUAUAUAUGAAAUUAUUAAGUCUGAGGAGUAUUUUCCAUUAUUGUGCAAGUUAUAUUUUAGCGACAAAAAUAACCAGACAAUUGGACCGCGAUUUUUUAAAGAACCUUUUAACGUAUGUCAGGAACAAAUAAGAAAUUUCAGAAAGGCAUGCAAAGACAGUUACUGUGCUCUUGUUCUUCUUGUUCUGUGUAACAAUCAGCUUUGUGUUGAGGAUAUACACAUAAAGGAUUGCUUAAAGGAAAAAUUUGAAAUUGCUUUGAAAUUAUGUGAAAUGAACACAAACACAUCAUCUCAUACUAUUGGUGACGCUCUAAAGACUCUAGAUGGAUUUUUUGUGAAGAAGAUUGACGACACGUAUCAUUUUUAUCACGAUUUUGUAAUGGAGGUUACCACUUUUGUGUUUGGAACAGACUAUCCGACAGAAACAAUACAGUAUGCAGAUAUUGGUUUCCUUAGACGACGUGUAAACUUAAAAAGCAGUGACGACAAUAGAAAAGAAGAAGUUGAUAAAUUUACCAUAUAUCUAAAUGAUAAAUAUGUAAGCGAUCUAGCAGAUCGACUUUUUGAUGAUGUAUUUGGAGAUCGUCUGUUGGAUGUUGUUCUCAAUCCAUGUGUUAGGAAUGAGAAGGUGGCUAAAUGUUUCAUACAGAAAUUAAAAGAUAGCCCCGAAAAACUGCACAACUUACUUGCCAAAAAACAGCUUCAGGAAAAGUUUAGAAGGGAAAAAGAAAAUCAAGAAUUAAAACAAUCAUUUGGUUCCAAACUUGAGUUUCUGUAUGAAGAAGAUAAAGUGCAAAUUCUUAGUGCUAUCAUAGUAUUUUGUCAUACAAAUGUAUCAAAACAUUGUUUAGAAACUCUACAGCGAAAGCAAAAUUCUCUUAAAUAUACUUCUUGUUUUUCUGCGGUAUGUUGCAAUGGUUCGAUGGAUUUGUUCAAUGUCUUUUCAAAAGAAGACAUUAAAUGGUUUUUGGUGAAAAAGUGGGGGGAAUACUAUCCUAUUCACAUUGUUUCCCUGUUUCAAAAUCAUGAAAUAUUGCGGGAGCUGAUUCAGGUGAAGAAUAAUGUAAAUUUGGGAACCGGUAGAGUAUGUGAAUAUACUCCCUUGAUGUUGGCAGUUUCCAAUGCAAAUACAAGCGACCAAAAAAAUAAGGAAACAAGAAAUCAGCCAAUUGAUAUCACUGUUGAACUUUUACUGACUCAUGGAGCUGACAUUAAUUUCUGUGCUCCAUUAUUAGGGAGUCCUCUCUAUAUAGCAAGUAGUGUAGGGAGCGAUCACACUGUAGAACUGUUGUUAAGUAAAGGAGCAGAUAUUAAUUCAUGUGACAACACUUUCAAUAAAACUCCUCUACAUAAAGCAAGUGAAGGAGGACAUGAUAGCACUGUGCAGCUUUUAUUAGAUAAAGGAGCAGAUAUUAAUUCAUGUGACAAAUACAAAGAAACUCCUCUACAUAAAGCCAGUUUAUGGGGACGUGAAAGCACUGUGCAACUUUUAUUAGAUAAAGGAGCAGAUAUUAAUUCAUGUGCCACAAACAAAGAAACUCCUCUACAUAAAGCCAGUCAAUGGGGACGUGAAAGCACUGUGCAACUUUUAUUAGAUAAAGGAGCAGAUAUUAAUUCAUGUGACCUAAACAAAGAAACUCCUCUACAUAAAGCUAGUGAAGGAGGAUAUAUAAGAACUGUACAACUCUUAUUAGAUAAAGGAGCAGAUAUUAAUUCAUGUGACAAAUACAAAGAAACUCCUCUACAUAAAGCCAGUAAAGGAGGACAUCAAAUCACUGUGCAACUUUUAUUAGAAAAAGGAGCAGAUAUUAAUUCAUUUGAUACAGGCAAAAGAACUCCUCUACACAAAGCAAUUGAAUGUAAACGUGAAAGCACUGUACAAUGUUUUUUAGAUAAUGGAGCAGAAUUUACUAUGUGUGACACAAACAAAGAAACUCUGUUGCUUCAUGCUAGUGAAUUUGGACUUGAAAGCACUGUGCAACUUUUAUUAGACAAAGGAGCAGAUAUUAAUUCAUGUGACAAAUAUAAAGAAACUCCUCUAGAUAAAGCCAGUAGACGGGGACGUGAAAAAACUGUACAACUUUUAUUAGAAAAAGGAGCAAAUAUUAAUUCAUGUGAAACAAACAAAGAAACUCCUCUACAUAAAGCCAGUGAAAAGGGACAUAAAGGAACUGUACAACUUUUACUAGAAAAAGGAGCAGAUGUUUAUUCAUGUGACUUUUACAAAGAAACUCCUCUACAUAAAGCCAGUGAAGGAGGACAUGAAAGCACUGUGCAACUUUUAUUAGAAAAAGGAGCAGAUAUUAAUUCAUCUGACACAAACAAAGAAACUCCUCUACAUAAUGCCAGUGCAGGAGGACAUGAUAGCACUGUGCAACUUUUAUUAGAUAAAGGAGCAGAUAUUAAUUCAUGUGACGGAAACAAAGAAACCUCUCUGCAAAAAGCCAUUGAACGAGGACAUGAAAGAACUGUGCAACUUUUAUUAGAAAAAGGAGCAGAUGUUUAUUCAUGUGACCUUAACAAAGAAACUCCUCUACAUAAAGCCAGUGAAAGAGGACAUGAUAGCACGGUACAACUUUUAUUAGAAAAAGGAGCAAAUAUUAAUUCAUGUGAUAACAACAAGAAAACUCCUCUACAUAAAGCCAGUGAAAGGGGACGUGAAAGCACUGUACAGCUUUUAUUAGAUAAAGGAGCAGAUAUUAAUUCAUGUGAUCAAAUCAAGAGAACUCCUCUACAUAAUGCCAGUAAAGAAGGACAUGAAAGCACUGUGCAUCUUUUAUUAGAUAAAGGAGCAGAUGUUAAUUCAUGUGACAGUUACAAAGAAACCUCUCUGCAAAUAGCCAUUGAACGAGGACAUGAAAGCACUGUGCAACUUUUAUUAGAAAAAGGAGCAAAUAUUAAUUCAUGUGGCACAAACAAAGAAACUCUUCUACAAAAAGCCAGUGAAUGGGGACAUGAUAGCACGGUACAACUUUUAUUAGAAAAAGGAGCAAAUAUUAAUUCAUGUGAUACACUCAAAGAAACUCCUCUACAUAAAGCCAGUGAAUGGGGACAUGAUAGCACGGUAAAACUUUUAUUAGAAAAAGGAGCAAAUAUUAAUUCAUGUGACACAAACAAAGAAUCUCCUCUUCAUAAAGCAAUUAAACGGGGCAAUGAUAGCACUGUAAAGUUUUUAUUACAUAAAGAAGCAGAGAUUACUAUGUGUGACACAAACACAGAAACUCUUCUGCUUCAUGCUAGUGAAUUUGGACUUGAAAGCACUGUGCAACUUUUAUUAGACAAAGGAGCAGAUAUUAAUUCAUGUGACAAAUACAAAGAAACUCCUCUCGAUAAAGCCAGUAGACGGGGACGUGAAAAAACUGUACAACUUUUAUUAGAUAAAGGAGGAGACAUUAAUUCAUGUGACCUAAACAAAAAAACUCCUCUACAUAAAGCCAGUGCAGGAGGACAUGAUAGCACUGUGCAACUUUUAUUAGAAAGAGGAGCAGAUAUUAAUUCAUGUGACCUUAACUAUGAAACUCCUCUACAUAAAGCCAGUAAAGGAGGACAUGACAGCACUGUACAGCUUUUAUUAGAUAAAGGAGCAAAUAUUAAUUCAUGUGACAGAAACAAAGAAACUCCUUUACAUAAAGCUAGUGAAAGAGGACAUGAAAGAACUGUACAGCUUUUAUUAGAUAAAGGAGCAGAUAUUAAUUCAUGUGCCCUUAACAAUGAAACUCCUCUACAUAAAGCCAGUAAAGGAGGACAUGAAAGAACUGUACAGCUUUUAUUAGAAAAAGGAGCAGAUGUUAAUUCAGGUGACCUAAACAAAAAAACUCCUCUACAUAAAGCCAGUGAAGGAGGACAUGAAAGCACUGUGCAAAUUUUAUUAAAAAAAGGAGCAGAUAUUAAUUCAUGUGAUAGAAUCAAGAAAACUCCUCUACAUAAUGCCAGUGCAGGAGGACAUGAUAGCACUGUGCAACUUUUAUUAGAUAAAGGAGCAGAUAUUAAUUCAUGUGACACAAACAAAGAAUCUCCUCUACAAAAGGCCAGUGAAUGGGGACACGAAAGCACUAUGCAACUUUUAUUAGAUAAAGGAGCAGAUAUUAAUCUAUGUGACACAAACAAAGAAACUCUUCUCCUUAAUGCCAGUAAAUGGGGACUUGAAAGCACUAUACAAUUUUUAUUAGAUAAAGGAGCAAAUAUUAAUUCAUGUGACCUAAACAAAGAAACUCCUCUGCAUAAAGCCAGUGAAUGGGGACAUGAAACAACUGUUCAACUUUUAUUAGAUAAAGGAGCAAAUAUUAAUUCAUGUGACACAAACAAAGAAACUCCUCUACAUAAAGCCUGUGAAGAGGGGCAUGAUAUCACUGUACAAUCGUUCUCAUAUUUUCGACAUAAAGCCAGUAGACGGAGACGUGAAAGAACUGUACAACUUUUAUUAGAAAAAGGAGCAGAUGUUAAUUCAGGUGACCUAAACAAAAAAACUCCUCUACAUAAAGCCAGUGAAGGAGGACAUGAAAACACUGUGCAACUUUUGCUAGAAAAAGGGGCAGAUAUUAAUUCAGGUGACGCAAACAAAGAAACUUCUCUACAUAAAGCAAGUAUACUGCGAAGUGAAAGCACUUUACACCUGUUAUUAGAUAAAGGAGCAGAUAUUUAUUUAUGUGAUAAAAACAAUGAAACUCCUUUACAUAAAGCCAGUGAAUGGGGACGUAAUGGCACUGUUCAACUUUUAUUAGAUAAAGGAAUUGAUAUUAAUUCAUGUGACACAAACAAAGAAACUCCUCUACAUAAAGCCAGUCAAUGGGGACGUGAAAGCACUGUGCAACUUUUAUUAGAUAAAGGAGCAGAUAUUAAUUCAUAUGACAACUACAAAGAAACCCCAUUACAAAAAGCCAUUAGAACGGGACAUGAAAGCACUGUACAACUUUUAUUAAACAAAGGAGCAGAAAUUAAUUCAUAUGACACAGACGACGAAACUCCUCUAUAUAAAGCCAGUGAAUGCUGACAUGGAAGCAUUAUUUAAAUUUUAUUUGAUAAAGGAGCAGAUAUUAACUUUUGUGACAAUAACAAACAAACUCCUUUACAUAUCACCGGUUAUUGGAGGCAUGAUAGCACUAUGCAACUUUUAAUAAGUAAAGGAGCCAACGUAAGUUUCCGUGAUGACGGAAAAACUCCUUCCCUUGGAUCAAGAACAAAAAGAAAAUACAUAUUACCAAAUUAUUGUUAUUAAGUAAAGCAGCAAAUCUUAAGUCAUGUGUUGAUAAAAAUAACAAAUUAUUUUACUUAUAGCCAGUGGAGAGGGACACGAAAGCACUGGCAACUUUUAUUAAGUAAAGGAGUCAACUUGUAUUGAUGUAUUUAGGAUAAGCUUUUCUGUAUAAAGCCAGUGAAACGAAACAUGAUAGUAAUGUGCAAGUUUAAUGAGUCGAAACGCAGACAUUAAUUUAUGUGAUCAAAACAAAGAAAGUUCUAUUCAUAAAGCAAGUAACCAAAAACCUAAAACACUUGUUUUUUAAUUUUUACUGGGUAAGUUAGCAAACGUAAAUUUAAGUAUUUAUUCCAUGAAACGUAUUUGCAUAAAUUCGAACAAAAAAGGCAUGGAGGUACUAUGAAAAUUUUACAACGUUAUUCAGCAGACAUCAAUUAAUGUGAUCCAUUUUAUCCAGCAUUAUACCAAAUUAAAUAUAUAAAGCUAUAUUUCUCCAGUUGUUUUGGACCAGAGCUUAAAAAGAUUUUAAAAAAUCAUUCAUCUCUAUAAGUUUUGGAAAUUUAUUGAUGUGUACAAUCAAAAUUCUAAUGAACACCGUUACAGAAUGACGUGUGUGUCGGGUAUAUUAAGUCAUAAAAACAAAGUUGUACAGUGUCUGAGUAAACAUUAACAUGUAUAUAAUUUAGUUUUUAUUAAAUUCGCUUUUUUAUAAAUUACUUUUAUAAAAAGUAAUGUGUGAUCCAGUUUAUACCCAACUGUACAGCGUAUUUUUUUUGUACUCCCCAUUUUAGUAUUUUGAUAGAUUUCAAAUUUAGCUGUAUUACAUUUCCAGUCAAUUUUUAAAUAUUAUGAUGAAUUUUAAAUUGUUUUGUAUGGUGGCAUAUCUCUGCCCCUUGUGUGCAAGUUAUUCUUCUAUUGACUAUGUCGACAUGCAAGAUAAAGAUGUUGACAUGCAAGAUAGUUAUGUCAACAUGCAACAUAACUAUGUUAACAUGCAAGAAAACUGCGAUCAAAUAAGACUAAUAAAAAAUCUCAAAUAUCGCCAACAUGUGACAUUCAAGAUGCAAGAUACGCUACCUAUUGAUGUCAACAUGCAACUUAUUUAUGUUAGCAUGCAACUUUUUUAUGUCGACAUGCAGCUUAGUUGUGUUAACAUGCAAGAUAAAUAUGUUGACAUGCAACAUAUUAAUGUCGACAUGCAACAUAUUUAUGUCGACAUGCAACUCAGUUAAGUUGACAUACAAUUUAUAAGUUGCAUGUCAACAUAUUUAUCUCGCAUGUCAACACAAAUAAGUUGCAUGUCGACAUAAAUAAGUUGCAUGUCGACAUAAAUGAGUUGCAUGUCAGCAUAUUUAUCUUGCAUGUUAACAUAAAUAGGUUGCAUGUCGACAUAAAAAGGUAGAAUCUAGCAUCUUGGAUGUCACAGGUGGGCGAUAUUUGAGAUUUUUUUGAGAUUUUGUAUAAUUCUUAUCUUAUUGCAAUGUUCUUGCAUGACAACAUAGUUAUGUUGCAUGUUGAUAUAAUUAUCUUGCAUGUCAACAUAUUUAUCUUGCAUGUCAACAUAUUCAUCUUGCAUGUCAUCAUAUUUGAUCGAAAAAUAACUUGCACACAAGGGGCAGAGAUAUGCCACCAUAGUUUUGUAUUUCAACUGUACGCACUUUUUUGCACUGUUGGCCGCUUGAUGCCAAGAAUGUUUAAGAGAUUGACAUUGCACACAUUGAACUCUGCUAUGGCUGAGCUAAAUAAUCAUUGUGAGUUUUUAAUACUCUUUCUGGAGUUUUGUUCGUAUACCAAAACAAAUGUUGACUGCGUUUUCGGGCAGCGUUAUAGAGUAAUUGACCUGGUUUAUGAGCAACACAUCAAUUGCUAUUCGGUUAUUUCAGUACAUCCGAAAUCGGACAAACAUUAAUUAGCUAAGACGUAAGAGUAUAUCAAUUUUAUCGUUAGACCGU